ACACAUAUUUCAGAUCAUUCGUGAAAUUUUAGAACGAAAUCCACUCACAAAAAUAGGAGGGGCAUGUGUUGGUGAAAAGGUGAGCGAGCGCCGCCACGUCAGUGAACUUGUGAGGCUGUGUUUAAUUCCGUUAGUAGGAAUUAACAACGAUUAGGGUCAAAUCACCGAGUCAAUGGCCCUCUUUUACUCCACACCGCUACGUAGCAUGUUUUCAUGAACAUUUCAAAUGCAGAUCAUGACUAGGGCACCCAGCAAGAACUAGCUUUGUCGAAAAUUUGUGGAUCAAUUGAAAAAGCAUGCAGUUUUUGUCCCGGACUCUGGACAAACAGCAUACAGUAUUUGCAAUUUUCGCCAGCUCCGAAACCUGGGACUAUUUAAACUGCUGUUCCGGUUCACAAAUUUUCGUCACAGACCUCCUAUAGCUGUCCAUUGUUAUUUGAUGGUCAUUUUCAGUAUAUUUUCUACGUUCUUGGAAGCGUUCUGCGUCGCGGUGCAAAUCUCCCUAUUGAUCGAAAAACAACCAGCAAAGAUAAACGUAGCGAUGCGUGCUAACUGGCCGCAUGGGUGCACGUGCGCCUACAUCACUGCGUAACCGCACCUGCAUGGGUUCUCUACUACAUACGGCAUAAAGAGUUUACGGAGAGUUCAUAUCAUUUCGAAUUUGAGAUUUGCCCAGGGAAGGCCAUUGCUCUUUAAGACCACACCAUGCCACUAAUUGUGAUUAGAACAAAUAUCCCGAGAUCCUCUAUACCAGAGGGUUUUCUGAAAGGAUUUUCCAAGGUUUACUCCGAGGCUGUGAACAGAGACGAAAAGCUCGUGAACUGUAGUCUGUUUGCCGGCGUUGAGAUGGUUAAAAGUGGAACCGACGAGCCAGCUUGUGUCAUCACGAUAAGAAACACACAAUCACAGGAUACGAACGGACGCCGAGAAACUACCAAAAAGAUCUUUGCCUAUAUGCAGGCUCAACUGAAACUCACGGACGAUAUAAUGACGAGAUUCAACACAGUCUAUCUUACCCCGGGACUAGACGAGAUCGGGACAAGUGCAGGAUUAGCAUGCGACAGAAAAUGAUCGACAAACACAAUCAGCUCAAGGACUGGCCUACGUCGUUGGGGGCGUUAGCCAUCAACGAAAUUCACGUUGGAAUUGAAGAACAGUCGAUAUUUUUCAAUAAAAAGCAUUUCUACAAAAUGAUCUUACACAAACUAAUGUUAGUAUGCUGUACACGAUCUAAGCUAAUCACGACUAUGACUUUUGUACCAUUUUUAAUUGAUGUAAGGGUUACUACUGGAAAGAGAAGUUUUGAUAUUUUACUGACUAUAAUUAUAAUAUUAAUAUUGUACCAGAUUUAUUUUUGCAAAUAUUUUUGUCGGAAAAAGCAUUGUAAAAAUGUAUUCCUGAUGGUUUGUAUGGGUAGUAGGCCUACUAUAGGUGUAUGUCUGGAUGUAAUGUAGUGCAUGUUGUUUAUGAGUGGGUUUCUUCAAAUAAAUGUUUUAUACAAUACCACCUGUAA